CGAGGGUGUACAGCUCUGUGCUCAGAAGUCCUCGCCAUGGAGCUGGCUCACAGUCUUCUGCUCAACGAAGAUGCUUUGGCCCAGAUCACUGGCAAAAGGCCUGUGUUCAUCUUUGAAUGGCUCCGCUUCUUGGAUAAAGUGCUUGUGGCAGCGAAUAGGGUGGAUGUGAAGGAGAAGCAGAAGAAGCUGGUGGAACAGCUGACUGGACUGAUCAGCAGCGCCCCCGGACCACCAACUAGAAAACUCCUGGAAAACCUUGCUACCCUCUACAGCAUUGGAGACACCUUCACUGUUUUCCAGACUCUGGAUAAAUGCAAUGAAAUCAUCAAAAGCAAGGAUGACACACCAGCAUACUUGCCAACAAAACUGGCUGCAGUGGCAUGUGUUGGGGCUUUUUAUGAGAAGAUGGGCAGGAUGUUGGGAAGCUCCUUUCCGGACACCAUUAAUAAUCUUUUGAAGGCAUUGAAGAGUGCAGAGUCUCAAGGUAGAGGAGAGAUACUCCUCAGCCUGCAGAAGGUGCUCAGUGGACUGGGUGGAGCUGCCGCUUCAUGUCACAGAGAUAUUUACAAGAAUGCCCGCUCUUUACUCACAGACCGGUCCAUGGCUGUGCGCUGUUCAGUGGCAAAGUGCCUUUUGGAGCUGCAGAAUGAGGCAGUAUUCAUGUGGACCACAGAACUGGAGAACAUGGCCACUUUGUGCUUCAAAGCUUUGGAGGGGUCUAACUAUGGUGUUCGGGUAGCAGUGGCCAAACUGCUGGGGACGGUCAUGGCCACCGCCCUGAUGCCCAAACAAGCAGCUGUGAUGCGUCAGAAUGUGAAGCGGGCCACUCUGGAGGAGGUGCUGGAGCUGAUGGCCACGGGCUUCCUGCGUGGCGGAUCUGGCUUCCUGAAGAGCGGAGGGGAGAUGUUGAAAGGGGGAGGCUCUGUCAGCAGGGAGGUGCGGGUGGGCGUCACACAGGCUUACGUUGUGUUUGUGACAACUCUUGGUGGUCAGUGGCUGGAGCGCAACUUUGCCACGUUCCUGUCCCACGUUUUGGACCUCGUGUCUCACCCGCGCGCCACACAGACACAUGUUGAGGCCGUGUACUCUCGCCGCUGUGUCUCUUUCAUGCUACGCGCCACCCUGGGGGGCUUGCUUGGAGAGAAGGCACAAAUUGCAGCCGGCAAAGAAAUCUGCCAAGCCAUCAGCAAGCAAAUGAGGGCUGUGGAGGCAGUAGUGAACGACAUCAGUGGGGAGAACAAGGCAGGGGCAGCUGAUGUCUCUGCCAGUCAGCAUGUUAUGGUGUGUGCUCUUAAAGAACUGGGCAGUUUAGUUCAGAGUUUGAGUGCCACAGCUUCACCACUCAUCCAGGAGCCUUCUAUAGGACUUCUUGAAACUGUGACCUCAGUGCUUCUUCACCCAAGCAUGGCAGCACGUUUGGCGGCAGCGUGGUGUCUGCGCUGUGUUGCUGUGGCGCUUCCUUAUCAGUUGACCCCACUGCUGGACCGCUGUGCAGAGAGAAUCAACAACCUGAAGAGUUCACCUGAGGCUGUUAGCGGCUACAGCUUUGCAAUGGCUGCUCUGCUGGGAGGAGUACACCAGUGUCCACUGGGUAUCCCCCACUCCAAGGGCAAGCUGGUGGUGAGUAUAGCUGAAGACCUCCUGCGGACAGCUGCACAGAAUAGUCGGCUGUCGCUGCAGCGUACACAGGCUGGAUGGCUGCUCUUGGGGGCUCUCAUGACUUUGGGCCCCUCCCUUGUGCGCUAUCACCUCCCCAAAAUGCUGCUGCUGUGGAGGAACGUGUUUCCUCGUUCCCAGAAGGAGCUGGAGGCUGAAAAGGCCAGAGGAGACUCGUUUACGUGGCAGGUCACCCUGGAAGGCCGAGCUGGAGCACUUUGUGCCAUGCGCAGCUUUGUGGCCCACUGUCCUGAGCUUCUCACAGAAGAUGUAAUCCGCAGACUGAUGACUCCCAUUGAAUGUGCCAUGACCAUGAUGUCUCAUGUCCCUGCCAUCAUUAAGGUCCAUGGUGCUCAUCUGAAAGCAAGUGCAGCGAUGGUGAGGCUCAGGUUGUACGAUAUCUUGGCUCUCUUGCCUCCCAAGACUUAUGAAGGCAGCUUCAAUGCCCUCCUGAGGGAGCUGGUGGCAGAGUUUACUUUGACUGACAACUCAUCCAACACCACCACCUCUUUGCUUCGCUCUCUGUGUCACUAUGAUGAUAGUGUGCUCAUGGGCUCCUGGCUACAAGAGACCGACCACAAGUCCAUAGAGGAUCAGCUGCAGCCCAACAGUGCGUCAGGCAGCGGAGCUCUGGAACAUGACCCGUCUUCAAUCUACCUGCGUGUCCCUGUUGGUGAAGCCAUCCCAGGGCCUCUCCCUUUGGGUGUGUCAGUUAUCGAUGCUUCAGUGGCUCUGUUUGGUGUUGUUUUCCCCCAUGUGUCCUUCAAACACAGGCUGCAGAUGCUGGACCACUUUGCAGAGUGCAUAAAGCAGGCUAAAGGAGUUCGACAGCAGGCAGUCCAACUGAACAUAUUUACUGCAGUGCUCAGUGCUCUCAAGGGUCUGGCUGAGAACAAGAGUACUCUGGGUCCUGAGGAGGUGCGUAAGUCUGCCUUGGCCCUGGUGAUGGGAGCUUUGGACAAUCCCAAUCCCAUCCUGCGCUGUGCUGCUGGAGAGGCCCUGGGCAGGAUGGCUCAGGUGGUAGGAGAGGCUACCUUCAUCGCCAGAAUGGCACAAACCAGCUUUGACAAACUGAAGUCAGCCCGUGAUGUAGUUUCAAGGACAGGCCAUUCACUGGCUCUUGGCUGUCUGCAUCGAUAUGUUGGAGGAAUUGGCUCUGGCCAGCACUUAAAGACCAGCGUCAGCAUCCUGUUGGCUCUGGCACAGGAUGGAUCCUCUCAUGAGGUCCAGACGUGGGCUCUGCACUCCCUGGCACUGAUUGUGGAUUCUAGCGGUCCCAUGUACAGAGGCUACGUGGAGCCGACAUUGUCCCUGGUGCUCACCCUGCUCCUCACUGUGCCCCCGUCUCAUACAGAGGUGCACCAGUGUUUGGGUCGCUGCCUUGGAGCUCUCAUCACCACUGUGGGACCAGAACUACAGGGAAAUGGAGCCACUAUUUCCACCAUCCGCUCAUCCUGCCUGGUUGGUUGUGCCAUCAUGCAGGACCACUCUGACUCCCUUGUGCAGGCGGCUGCCAUCUCAUGUCUGCAGCAGCUGCACAUGUUCGCUCCCAGACAUGUCAACCUGUCCAGCCUGGUGCCCUGUCUCUGUGUCCACCUGUGCAGCUCUCACCUGUUGCUGCGUCGUGCUGCUGUGGCCUGUCUGAGACAACUUGCCCAGAGAGAAGCUGCAGAGGUCUGUGAAUAUGCCAUGAGUCUGGCGAAGCGAGCAGGAGACAGCAAAGACAACACUACAAUCAAUCUGAACAUCACAGAGACUGGUCUGGAGGGUGUUCUGUUUGGCAUGCUGGAUCGAGAGACGGACAGGAAGUUGUGCUCUGACAUCCACGACACACUGGGUCACAUGCUAUCGUCUCUUGCUGUGGAAAAACUGUCACAUUGGCUUAAACGCUGCAAAGAUGUCCUUGCAGCAACUACAGACGUAGGGGGAGCUGUUGCAUUUGAGGUGGAAAAGGACGAGGAAGACUCGGAGAAAAAGGAUGAGAUGGACGAUGACACCAUGUUCACAGGCCUGGGUGAAGAUGACAAGUCCAAGCCCUCUGUGGCUCCUCGCUGGGUGACUCGGGUGUUUGCCGCAGACUGCUUGUGUCGCAUCAUUCUGCUAUGUGAGAAUGCAGACAAAACGCACUUUGACCUGGCAGCUGCUCGCUCUGCACAGGCCAAGAACCCCAAAGGAGAUCUGUUGGUACUCCAUUUGUCUGACCUCAUCCGCAUGGCGUUUAUGGCAGCCACAGACCACAGCAACCAGCUAAGGAUGGCUGGCCUGCAGGCGCUGGAGGACAUCAUUAAAAAGUUUGCAUCUGUACCAGAGCCUGAGUUCCCAGGGCAUGUUAUCCUUGAACAAUACCAGGCCAAUGUUGGAGCUGCUCUCAGACCUGCAUUUUCACCUGAUACACCGUCAGACAUAACAGCUAAGGCGUGCCAGGUGUGUAGUACGUGGAUUGGUAGUGGGGUAGUCAGUGACCUCAACGACCUGCGACGAGUCCACAACCUUCUUGUGUCAUCGCUGGACAAGGUGCAGGCUGGGAAGGGCUCAUCCAGUCAGCUGUACAGUGAGAGCGCCACCACGAUGGAGAAGCUGGCUGUGCUGAAGGCAUGGGCAGAGGUGUACGUGGUGGCAAUGAAGAUCAAGAAAGAGGCUGAAUCUAAGCCUGCCAAACCAGUCAGAAGUGGAGAUGAUGAUGAGGACGAGGAUGAUCUGGGUGCCGAUGUGCUUCCACCUGACAGCCUCAUCACUUUGGUGCAGCCAGAGUUGCCCUCGUUGAGUCGCCUGUGGCUGGCCAUGCUGCGAGACUAUGCUCUGCUCACUCUGCCUGCUGAGUUUUCCAGUCAGCUGCCCCCAGACGGUGGAGCAUUUUAUACCCCAGAGACCAUAGACACAGCAAGGCUCCACUACCGCAGCUCCUGGGCUCCUGUCCUGCAUGCUGUGGCCCUGUGGCUGCACAGUACUGGGUUUGGAGCAGGUGAAGGACAAGAGGAGGCCUCAUCACCUCCUUCCAAGACUCCUGGCCUCCCUCAAGGAGGCUCCUCCACCACAAAGACCUUCGAGGAGUCGGUCAAAGACCGGAUGCAUCUAAUGUUGGGUGUCAGUAUAGAGUUUCUCUGCUUCCCCCGACCCGAGGAGCCCAUUGAGCAUGUGAUGUCCUGCCUGCAGGCUCUGUGCACUCUGCUAGAAUCUCCAAGUGCUAAGACCCAUAUUGCAGAAGACCAGCUCCUGGCAGUGGAGCUCCUGAACGUGCUCCACAGGCUGCUGUUGACCCGGGAUCCUCCGGCUGUCCAGCUCCAGGUCACUGCUGUCGUUCAGGAGACCAUCAGGGCUGCACUGGACCAUCUGCAGCGACAGCGGACCAACAAAGGCAAAGAGGAGGAGGCCGAGAAAGACUCGCAGCAAAGCCUGGGGGAAGGAGGGGACACAGGGGAGCUGGUUCCUGGCAAGUCUUUAGUGUUUGCAGCCAUGGAGCUGCUCGUGUUCAUCCUUGUCCGCCACUUACCACAGCUCAAUGCACGUGUGAAGGAGUCGCCCAGCCAUGUGCCACUCAGGCCUCAGCGACUACCCGAAGAAAGCGCACGCCUGGUGGCAAACACAGUUUCCAUCCUGGCAGAACUGCCCUCGCUCUGCUCCCCUGCCGGAAGCAUGACAAUCCUACCUACUGUGCUCUUCCUAAUCACCGGGGUUUUGAGGGAAACUGCAAUCAAGACUACAGACAACUCGGUGCCUGUGACGGUGUCAGCUGCCCUGCAGGGCAUCAAGACCAUCAUCACCUCCCCACUGGCCCGGGUGGAGAGCAUGCAGACACAGUGGACUGGCCUUGUAAGAAGCAGCCUGGCAUCUGUACUCGAGUACUCACAGCCAGACGAGUCCCGACCUGACAUGGAUGAAGUCAGUAUGUUGACAGCCAUCACGCUCUUCCUGCUGUCAGCUAGCAACGAACUGGUGGGAGUGACCGUCCUGCAGAAGGGCUGCAUGGACCGCUUCCGAAAUGCCCUCAACUCUAGUGAUCCCUGGGUUCAGGCUCGUUGUUACCAGCUGCUGUUGUCAGUGUUUCAGCACUCCAGCCGUGCCCUCUCUACGCCUUACAUCCACGCUUUGGCUCCUCUCAUGGUAGAGAAGCUAAAGGCAGUGGAGCGCAGUCGGCCGGGGACCGCCGCUGAGCUGCAGGCCGUGCAGGAGGGCAUCAGGGUCCUGGAGAAUCUGGUGGGCAUGGGUGAAGAGCAGAACCGGGUGCAGCUGCUGGCUCUUCUUGUCCCGACUCUUGUCUCCUACCUUUUGGAUGAAAAUGCCAUCUCUUCCGCGCCCCAAGUCUCCAAAGCCCUCCAUGAUUUUGCCCUUCAGAACUUAAUGCGGAUUGGCCCUCUCUAUCCAGCUGCCUUCAAGAUAGUAAUUGGUGCAGCACCUGAGCUUAAGACCCGUCUGGAAUCUGCUAUACGAGCCAACCAGGCCAGCAGCGAAGCCAAAGCUGCACUCAGACAAGCUCAGCCGACUGUGCAAGCUGCACCAACCAUCAAACUCAAGAAGAGCUUCUUCUAAAUACUCCAGAAAUGCACUGUACACUCUCACAGUCUAAUUUAAUAUUGUCUUUUAUUUGUUUUUUUGUCUGUCCGCAGUGUACCGUAUGCCACGUCUGUAUCAGCUACAGGUUCUUAAGUGUAUUUAUUUAUUCUGCAUCCCAUCUUUGCUUGGAUGGAUGACUGUUCUUCUUGAACUCAAGAAGGCAAAUAUGUAAAUAUCAUUAAAAAGCACUUGAAUGUUCACCUUUAAAAUCUGUAAGACAUUUUGAUUGUGUGAAUGUAUCAUUUCCAGCUUUGAUGUGCAUGGACACCAUUUACAUGUUCUUAUUCCAGCUCAUCAACCUCCAAUAUCAAAAAUUUGAGUUUUCUGUGCCAUUUUCUCUGUUUUGCAUCACCAUAAACCAUAACGUAUGGUAGUUAUUUUACAUUCCAAUCAUGUGUGUUUGUUUAAUGGAGCUAGUUAAGUAUGUGGCCUUUGGGGUCUGCUGAUUGUUGCUGAAUGAUGUUACUGUCUUCUUUUUUUGAAAAUGUGUUGUGCUUAUAAAUUAUGCUUUAAACGUUCCUACCAUGUGUUCUUGAGCAAAACUGAGAAAUUACUUUUGAUCAUUAUAUUGAACCAAGAAUGAGAUUUUAUUAGAAUCAGUGGAAUAAUUAAUGCACAGUUUUCCCCACUGAGGCUGUUAGUUCUUUGGCCGGUAACUGGAAAAAUACUGCAUCUUUUUAUGUGCUGCAUAUCAUAUAGAUUGUUUGCUUAUGACUGAUUUUAAUCCAUAAUUUGUCUGUGUGGACUGCCUACAGGAAAAGGUGAGCAUCAGCUGUCAUAAAUUGGCAAAUUUGUUGAAAUGUUAGUCACCCUGAGUUUUUUUUUUUUUUUUUUUUUUUUUUCAGAAUGUGAAUAAAGUUGCUUUGAGGUCA